GAAAAACAAAAGUUAGAAAAGCUGAUCUAUGUGAAGCACUGAAGGCUUCGUGCAUGUUCCCUUCUUUUCGUGUUAUUCACACACUGGACUACAUCUAGGAAGGCUUUAUGGUGUCAUUUAAUUGGCAGUUUGCCAUUUCAUUAAUCUAGAUUGACUAUUUUACUAACCUCACAGGCCAUGAGAUGGUGUCACUGACUUCUGAGUCGACAUUUGUGGCUACUCCAAUAUGCUUAUGAGAGCAUUGGGAGAUCAUGCCGCAACCCUCCUGAUCAUAGCGGUAUCUCUGUUGAUACGGCUUGGUGUUGGAUUACAUUCCUACUCUGGUGCAGGUUUGCCACCCAGAUACGGUGACUAUGAGGCACAACGUCACUGGAUGGAAGUCACAGUCCACCUUCCAAUCCAGGAUUGGUACAAGAACACCACUGACAACAACUUGGACUAUUGGGGCCUCGACUACCCUCCAAUCAGCGCCUACCAGAGCUGGCUGUAUGGGAAAGCCAUUCAGCAUGCCGAGCCUGAGGCCAUUGCUUUGCUCAUAUCUCGAGGAUACGAGACUUCUUCCAGCAAAACAACGAUGCGCUGGAGUGUUGUGAUAUCUGACAUAUUGGUGUACAUUCCCGCUGUGCUGGCCUGUCGACGUGCAUUCUUAAAGGAUGCAACAGCAGAGCAACGGGCAUGGAUGCUUUUUGCUGCCCUGUUACAGCCAGCUGCCGUCCUGAUAGACCAUGGUCACUUUCAGUACAACGGCAUCAGCCUCGGCUUUGCAGCAGGGGCAGCGGCGGCGGUGGCCACUGGGAAGGAGAUGCUGGGCAGCGCGCUAUUUUGCCUUUCCCUUAAUCACAAGCAGAUGAGCAUGUACUAUGCACCUGCGUUCUUUGCACACUUGCUGGGCAGAUGCCUUCAGCGGCCGACAUUCCUCAGCAAGGUGGGAGCUGUGGCACGUCUGGGCUUCGUGGUGUGUGCAACCUUUGCCUGUGUGUGGGGGCCAUUCUUGGUGCCGCCUUCCAGAGCUGUUGGAGUGUUGAGCAGGCUAGCGCCCCUGCGCCGGGGCCUAUUUGAGGACUAUGUCGCAAAUUUCUGGUGUGCUACAUCUCCUUUGAUCAAAUGGAAGCAGCUCUUUACCCAGCAGGAACUAGUACGCCUCUGCGCGGGUGCCACACUGCUCACUUUGCUGCCGGCAGUGGUGCAGCAGAUCAGGAGCCCAUCUGAGAAGGGUCUGCUGCUGUGCAUGGCCAGCAGCGCAUUCUCGUUCUUCUUGUUUUCCUACCAGGUCCACGAGAAGUCCAUCCUGCUGGCGCUGCUGCCAGUCACACUGCUGGCACCAGAGCUGCCAGCGCUGGCCGCAUGGUUGCCGGCUGUUGCAGCUUUCUCCGUGUAUCCGCUGCUGAAGAAGGACGGCCUGUCUCUGGCAUAUGUGGCGCUGCUGCUACUCUGGGCAGCCUUCACGCUGCCUGCUCAGGCAAACAGAACAGCUGUCACUGGAAGGACAUGGAUGCAUGGUCUGACGUCUUGUGGCCUACCCCUGAUUUUCAGAACGUCCGUGGGCCUGGCUCUGGGUGUCCAUGCUGCAGCUGCUGUCCUGGAGCCACCCAAGCGGCUGCCUUACAUCUUUGAUGCGCUCAUCACGGCCCUGAGCUUCUUGCACUUUGCUGCUGCUGCGCUGUAUGUCCAGAUUUUGAUGUGGAGGCAGGGCCAUGAGAAGAGCCAGUGA